AGUUGGAAAUUGUUUGCUGUAAACUCAUCAACAACUUGAGUAUUAAAAGAAAAAAAAAUACACAAUAAUGUGGUUUCCCAUGAGAUUCGUAAUACUUUUAGUAAUUUUUAUAACUCAUAAUAAUUACACCGAGUCAUUACGAAUAUUAGGAAUAUUUCCAUUAGCUGGAAAAAGUCAUUUUUAUACAGGUGAAAAAAUUCUAAAAUCUCUUGUUAAAAAAGGACACAGUGUUGACAUGCUAAGUCAUUUUCCACAGAAAAAAAGUAUUGUUAAUUAUACUGAUAUAAGCAUCGCUGGAUCAAUUGAAGAAGCAACAAAUAAUUUGGAAUUCAAAGAAGCCAUUAAAUUUCAACCGACAUCAAUGAAAUAUUUUGUUGAAGAAGGUGGAAAUAAAAUUUGUGAUUUAUUAAGUCACAAAGAAAUACAACUUCUAUUAUCAAAAAAUAAAAAAACAUAUGACGUGAUUGUCAUUGAGAUUUUCCUGGCACCGUGUUAUCUAGCAUUUGGAAGACACUUUGAUGCACCAGUUGUUGGUGUUGUUACUUGCAAACAGCUUGACUGGUUAUAUCAACCAUUUGGAAAUCCAGUAAAUACAGCAUAUUUUAAAAGUUUAUUUUCUUCAACAAGUGAACAAAUGACAUUUAUUGAACGACUUAAAAAUACAUUGAUAUUUAAUAAUGUCGUUUUGCAAACUGAUUAUUACAUGGAGCAUCAAUGUUAUCAUGUUGAAAAAUUUUUUAACAUUAAAUUAUCAUCAAUUAAAGAGUUGUAUAAUGAUGUGGGAGUUGUAUUAUUUAAUUCACAUUAUAGUAUUAAUGAUGUCAAAGAAGUUGUUCCAGCUUUUGUUGAUAUUGGUGGAAUUCAUGUUAAUCAAAAUCAAACAUUAUCAAAGGAUGUUCGUGAAUGGCUUGAUGAAAGUGUAAAUGAUUGUGUUUACAUUUCGUUUGGCUCAAUGGUACGAAUCGAAACCCUACCACUUGUAACUAUACUGGAGUUCUACGAAAUGUUUAGAAGAAUAGCACCAACUAGAGUUUUAAUGAAAAUUGCAAAACCUCAUUUAUUACCACCAAAUUUACCAUCAAAUGUUAAAACUUCAACAUGGUUACCACAAAUUGCUGUUCUAAAACAUAAAAAUGUCAAGGCAUUUGUUACUCAUGGAGGUUUAUUGGGAACUCAAGAAGCAAUUGCAUGGGGUGUUCCAAUGAUUGGCAUUCCAAUAUUUAGUGAUCAAUUUUCAAAUAUUGAUACUUAUGUUAAGAAAAAUUUAGCUGUUUAUCUUGAUGUUCAUAAAUUAACAGCUGAAACUUUGACAAAUGCAGUCAAUGAUAUUUUGAAAAAUCCUAUUUAUCAAAAAAGCAUGAGAGAAGUGUCUAGUCUUUUUAUGGAUCGACCAAUGAGUGCUGAAGAUACAGCUGUUUAUUGGGUUGAAUAUGUUGCAAGACAUGGUAAUCGUUUAAGAUCACCAGCAACAAAAUUAUCCUGGUGGCAGUAUUAUCUUAUUGAUGUUUAUGGAUUCAUCAUUGCAUUUAUUUUAAUUUUAUUGUGGACUAUUAAAAAAUUCAUUCAUUUUUCUAUGCAAGCAUUUUUUAUGCAAUGGAAUUAUUUCAAGAAUAUUUCGAAAGCUAAAAAAUCAUAGGUAUUUUAAAUAUAAUUGUUUUUUUAUCAACAAAAUUCAUUAUGUAAAUUUUAUUCAUUAAGAUGAUUUAUGUUGUAAUUAAAUAUUUAAUUAUAUGAAUUUUAGAAUAAUUAUAUUGUAAAAAUGACUCAUGAGAAAGUAAAAAAAAUUGUGACAGUGGAAAAAAUUAUUUCUUGCUAAAAAUAUUGAAACAUUUUAUUUGAACAAAAAUAUCAUCGAUCAUUGAAUGAAAAUUUAUAGUGUUUUUAUUUUGAGGUAAUCUUGGAAAGAGUUAGUUAAACUAAAAAAUUAAAAUCAAGAUUAAUUAUGCUAAUUAAUAAUUGAUAAAAAAAUAAAUUUAACAUUUUAAUAAAACAAAUAAAAUUUUGCAAAUGAGAUUUUCGAUAUUGUUGAUGUACUUAUUGACGCAUUGACGAAAGAACAGUCAGAUAAGACAUCGAUGUUUUCAAAACCUUUGAAAAUUAAAAAUAGAUAUAUUAUUAAUAAAAAUUAUAAAUUAAAUAAUAAAAUAGUUUUUUACAUACAGCACCACAAUGUUGUAGAUUCAAUUCAUAAAAACCACCUGCCUAAAUAUUAAUUAUUCAAACAUAAUUUAAAAAUACAAUGUACAUUAAAUUAUAUUUUAAAAUUUGUACCGUUAAACUUUUUGGUUUUGCACUUCGCAUAAGAAUAAAGAGAAUUUUUUUUUUCGAUUUGAUUGAUAAUGAUUCCCACUGACAAUCGUAUCUAAAAAAUAAAUGAAAUAUAGUUUUUAUUUUAUAAUUAUGUAGGAUAAUAACUUACACUAAAUCAAAAAGACCAGUACUGUGAUCAACAAGUUCUUGACCCGGUAAACUGUUGAAAAAUAAAUGUACCAUUUGUCCAAAUGCAAAAGCAGCAAAUCUCAUUGCUUGAUCUGUUUGAUCCAUUUGCUUUAUUGUCUGUAUGUAUAAAUUAAUAAUAUUAAUUAUCAUUUUAAAUUAUUAAAUAUUUAUUUAUAAACAAUUACUUACUUCAAGACCAGUGAUACUUAUUGCAAGCAUAUUUUCUAUAAUCACAAUUCCAUACAUAUUUUUAAGCGAUGCUUCAAUAAAAUCAGCAAACCUUGAAUACAAAUUAUAAAAAAUAACAGUCAAUAAAAAAGAUAUACAUAUACAUGUACUAUUAUUAUAAGAAUAUAAAAAAAAAUUACUCAAUAGCUUGUUGAUGUACUUGAAGAGCAUUUAUAAGAACAUCGUUUUCGAAUUUUUCCGUAUGCUUUUUGUUUCCUUGAUCCAAUUUUUUUAAUGUAAAACUACAAAUAAAUAGAAAUUUUUUGGAAUAAUA